GGAGGAGGAGAGAGAGACAGGCAGAGCGAAAGAAGAGGUCUAGGGCAGUGAACGCCUGCAGCAAAUCAAUCCUUGCAAUCAAUCUCUGCUGCAGAUUUCUCUCGCUCGACGAUUUGGCACCGCCAGCCACGUACGUCUAUCCCGGACCGGAUAAGAUAUAUACGCGUGCGGCGUGUGCAGAAUUUUGUUGCAGAGGCUCUUUGCGAGGUCGAGUUUAUGCUGCUCGCCGGAGGAACUACGAGGAGAGUGCUGAGCUAUUCUCGCCCCUCCUUGCUGCUGCAGUCCAUGGCGAUGGCUCCCGCUGCCACCCUCGGCGCUGUCCGCGGCCUCGCCGCUGUAGCUCCGCCGGCGUCCGCUCGUUCUAACGAGCUCUCUCAGAGGCAUGCCGUUCCCUCAGUGGCAGCAGUCAGCUCUCCUAGCAACCUGAAAGAGCGGAUUGGCUUCUCUACCCUCGUUAGCAAGCGCUCAGCAAUCAGCUCUGUGAGGUCGUUCUCCUCAGCUGAGGUGUUUGCGACAAGGCGGGCGUUGUCUCUGGCCAGGACACAGAGGCUCUCAGGCGUAAGAUGUAUGUCUACCGUCGCAGAGAAAGAAGCUACUGUCCCCGUCGAGAAAUUCGAAUACCAAGCCGAGGUGAGUCGAUUAUUGGAUUUGAUUGUCCACAGUCUCUACAGUCACAAGGAGGUAUUCCUUAGAGAACUUGUGAGUAACGCCAGCGAUGCUUUGGACAAGCUUCGAUUCCUGAGCGUGACAGAGCCGAGUCUGCUGGAGGCCAACCCUAACUUGGAAAUCAGAAUCCAGAGCGAUCCUGAGAAUGGCACCAUCACCAUCACUGACUCUGGAAUCGGAAUGACCCGCGAGGAGUUGCAGAAAAGUUUGGGGACAAUUGCCGAGAGUGGCACCGCUAAGUUUUUGAAGGCCCUGAAGGAGAAAGAGGAUAAUUCGUCCUCGGACAACAACCUCAUUGGACAGUUUGGUGUUGGUUUCUACUCUGCAUUCCUAGUCGCAAACAAGGUUGUCGUUUCAACGAAAAGUGCUAAGGCAGACAAACAGUAUGUCUGGGAAGGAGAAGCAGAUACUAGCUCUUACACAAUCGCUGAGGAGACUGAUCCUGCUAAGAUGAUCCCACGAGGAACUCAGAUUACACUAUAUCUGAAAACUGAUGCUAAGGAUGAGUAUUCCGACCCUAUCAGAAUUCAAAACCUUGUGAAGAAUUAUUCUCAAUUUAUUUCUUUCCCAAUCUACACCUACCAAGAGAAGACGAGAACAAAGGAGGAGAUUAUUGAAGAGGAGACUCCCGAGGGAGAGGAGGCUCCAGAGAAGAAGACGAAAACCGUGUCAGAGAAGUACUUCGACUGGGAGCUGACUAACGAGACGAAACCAAUCUGGCUACGAUCUUCGAAGGAGGUCACCAAGGAGGACUACAAUGGUUUCUUCAAGAGCACCUUCCAAGAGUUUAUCGACCCAAUGUCUUACACUCACUUCACCACCGAGGGUGAGAUCGAAUUCAAGAGUCUCCUUUAUAUCCCUGGUAUGGCGCCAUACAACACAGAGGAUGUUUUGAGCCAGAAGACAAAGAACAUCCGUCUGUACGUGAAGAGAGUUUUCAUCUCAGACGAGUUCGACGGGGAAUUGUUCCCGCGGUACCUGGGAUUCGUGAAGGGUGUCGUCGACUCGAACGAUCUUCCUUUGAAUGUUUCGCGAGAGAUUCUGCAAGAAAGCCGAAUCGUCCGUAUUAUGAGGAAGCGCUUGGUGAGGAAGACCUUCGACAUGGUUGAGGACAUUGCUAAAAGAGAGAACAAGGAGGAUUACAAAAACUUCUGGACAAACUUUGGAAAGAACAUCAAGUUGGGUUGCAUUGAGGACACUGCUAACCACAAGAGACUUGCACCACUUCUCCGCUUCUCAUCUUCCAAGUGCGAGGACGAGUUGAUGACCCUUGAUGACUACGUCGAGAGAAUGAAGCCAGACCAAAAGGCCAUCUACUACCUUGCGGCUGACACCAUCAAAAGUGCGAAGAGCGCUCCUUUCUUGGAAGAGCUCUCUAAGAGGGAUCUUGAGGUUCUUUUCUUGGUUGAACCAAUCGACGAGGUUGCUGUCACGAACUUGGCUUCUUACAAGGACCAUAAGUUCGUUGAUAUCAGCAAGGAAGAUCUUGACCUCGAGAGUGAGGACAAGGAGAAGGAGAAGGAAGUGGAACAAGAAUUCCGUCUGCUUUGCGACUGGAUGAAGCAACUUCUAGGAGACAAGGUGGCUAAAGUCAAGAUCUCCAACCGGUUGGCCUCCUCGCCAUGUGUCCUGGUUUCUGGAAAAUUCGGGUGGUCUGCAAACAUGGAGAGAAUCAUGAAGGCUCAGACUCUAGGAGAUAACUCCCAGCUCGAGUUCAUGAGGGGAAGGAGAGUACUGGAAAUCAAUCCUAAUCAUCCUAUCGUUCAGGACUUGAACUUUGCCUGCAAGGAUACCCCUCGCAGCGCCAGAGCUCAAAAGAUGGUCGAGCUCUUGUACGACACUGCGCUUCUAGCCAGUGGUUUCAGCCCAGAAAACCCCGCCGAAUUCGGUGGUAGAGUGUACGAAAUCAUGGCCAUGGCCCUCUCUGGCAAGAAGGACCAAUCAGGUUUGGAUUCAGAAGAGUCCACGGAAGAUGCGCCAACAGAAGCUUCUGGUAGCGAUGAUGUUGAAGUUGUAGAAGCGUCUGAAGUCAGGACAGAAAAUGACCCCUGGAAACAGUAAGUAGAGUCAGAUAGAACAAAAUAUAGAGAAUAGGUUAGGAAAAUGUAGAGGGGAUGAAAUUUUGACACAACGUGGGACUGUGAUCCUUCAUAAUGAUACUAGAUCUGUAGGUAGAGAUGGAUCAAUCUUCCAAUGAACGCAUGUGAGCUCAGUCUGAAGUUAUAAUUGAUGAGUUACAAAGUUUGAUUCGA